AUGAGUGUUACUAGCCGGCUUCUUGGGAGACCCGGCAAAAGUGUUUUCGGUUUAGGUGGAUGGCUCACAAAAAACAAAGAAUUUAAGAGAUACACUUCCAAGUGGCUUCCUGAUAAACAGUUUAUGGACCAGUUGAAGGAUGCACUGGUUAAACCUGGAUUUCGCAAAUCUAUGCAGAAACCGUUACCAAUCGACAUAUUUACAAGGAGACACAUGGAAGUUCAGUCAGUGCAGCUUAAUUUUGGCCCGCAACAUCCUGCAGCUCAUGGUGUCCUAAGGGUUAUCAUGGAACUAGAUGGGGAGCUUAUUGUGCGCCUCGACCCCCAUAUUGGUUUACUACAUCGUGGUACAGAAAAGUUGAUUGAAUACAAAACAUACACUCAGGCUCUACCUUAUUUCGAUCGACUUGAUUAUGCUUCUAUGAUGUGUAACGAACAAUGUUUUGCGUUGGCUGUGGAGAAGUUGCUGAAUAUUGACAUACCUCCGCGUGCAAAAUAUAUUCGAACAUUGUACGCUGAAAUAACUAGAAUAAUGAAUCAUUGUUUAGCUGUUGGUUCAACUAUUUUGGAUAUUGGUGCUAUUACACCAAUCUUUUGGUUAUUUGAAGAACGUGAAAAAAUGUUUGAAUUCUAUGAACGUGUAUCUGGUGCUCGUAUGCAUGCAGCGUAUAUUCGUCCAGGUGGUGUUGCUUUGGAUAUGCCACUUGGAUUAAUGGAUGAUAUUUAUGAAUUCAUACAAAAGUUUCCCCAACGGUUAGAUGAAAUCAGUGAUCUAACACUAGACAAUCCUAUAUGGAUUAGUCGUACUAAAGAUGUUGGUGUUGUCAGCGCUGAAGAUGCAUUGGAUUUAGGAUUCUCUGGAGUUAUGUUACGUGGAAGUGGAAUUAAAUGGGAUUUACGUAAAACACAACCUUAUGAUGCAUAUGAAGAUAUGGAAUUCGAUGUACCAGUAGGUGUUCAUGGAGACUGUUAUGAUCGAUAUAUAGUUAGAAUGGAAGAAAUGCGUCAAUCUAUGCGUAUUAUAGAACAAUGCUUAAAUAAAAUGCCUAAAGGUGAAGUUAAAGUAGAUGAUGCCAAAAUCUGUCCACCGAAACGUGCUGAAAUGAAAGAUUCAAUGGAAGCGCUUAUUCAUCAUUUCAAAUUAUUUACAGAAGGUUAUAUGGUGCCACCAGGGUCAACUUAUACGGCUGUGGAAGCUCCAAAAGGUGAAUUUGGCGUGUAUUUAGUCUCAGAUGGUACAAACCGACCAUACAGAUGUAAAAUUAAAGCACCAGGAUUUUCGCACUUAGCUGCACUGGAUAAACUUUGUCGUGGUUUCCUUUUGGCAGACGUAGUCGCAGUUAUUGGUACAUUGGAUAUUGUAUUUGGAGAAGUAGAUCGGAUCGUUAUGGACUAUGAUAAACUUUCUGCUCAAACCAAAUGUCUACUUCAUACUGUAUCAGAGAGUGUUGGGCAGUUGGAACACAUGAUACUUGGUUUACAGUCAACCUCAGAAUUGGAUGAAAUCAAUAAACUGGCAUAUAGUUUAAAUCAAGAUAUACAAAAUAUUAAUUCAAAUUGUGAUCGUCUGUCAACGUUGCUUCCAACUGUUGAACCAUAUUCACGUCGUUCUCAAUUACGUUUAAGUUUGGAUCAAACACGUUUUGAGUGUAAACAAUAUGAAACAAAUUUAAAAGUUAUGGAUCGUAAAAAAAAUGAAAAAUGGCGACAGAUAGCAGAACGUGAAGAAUUACUAUCCCAAGACUUUUCUACUAAUGCUUCUGCUCGUAGUGGUUCAACUGUUGUCCGACUUGAUAAUGACUUGGAACACUAUUCAAGAUUGUCAAAUGUUGGCAGACAGAUUGAUGAUAUGCUAACAUCAGGGUCGUUCAGUUUAAGCGCUUUAAAAGAACAAGGGAUGACUUUAAAGAAGGCCCAACGUCGUGUUAUGGAUGUUUUAAACACCCUCGGCUUGUCAAAUACAGUUAUGCGUCUUAUCGAGAGACGAAGUCAUCAAGAUAGAAUUCUAUUCUGGGUUUUGGUGGUUGCUACCCUCAUCUUGUUUUGGGGUAUUUGGAGAUUUUUCCACUAG